AUGACCCUAGACGACCUCGACCUCGACGGCGACAACCAUAAUACACCUAAUAAGCCCCGCAUACAGGAAAGACAUACCAUUAGAGCACCAGCAUCCUCACCAACAUCCGCAUCGACAAUAUCAUCUCCAUCAUCAAACGACAUAGAGACGGAAGCACCAGCAGGAAGAGAAAAGACAUCUCGGUUCCUCGAUCCUACAAUCAUCCCUCCAGAGCAGAUCAAGCAGUAUAGAGCCCUAGCCAACACUAUCAACACCUCCAGCACCCUUCAAGAACACGAACACCUCAUCUCCGUCUACCGAUCCGUUGCCGAAGACCCUACACUCCUCCCACAACUGCAACCCAAGGAUUUCAUGCAAGCGAUGAACAGCUGCCGAGACAUGUACAGAGUCAUCCCGCGGAUGCGCCAGAUCCUCACCGACUUCGAAAAGUCUCGGCAACAGAACAACCAGCAGCAACUACUCAUCCCAGAGAUCUACGACAUCUUGCUCAGGGCCUUUGUCAAACUCUCGGAUUUCAGGAGCGCGACCAAUCUGAUCGAGGAAAUGAGGCGGAAAAAGGGGCUCCAGUUCGGGACAUCGACCUAUCACAUCAUGCUGGACCUCUGCAAGCAUGAGCGGAAUCUUGAGCAGGCAAGGAAGCUGUUGAAGGAGAUGCGGGACAACAAGGUCGAGAUUACCAGUGCAACCUAUCAGAUUAUGCUGUCGGUCUGUGGUCAAGCGAAGAAUCCACAGAUGGCGCGGGAGUACUUUGACGAGAUGCCACUGCUUGGAAUCGAUACCGACGUGAAACACUACAACGCCCUCAUGAAUGCCUAUGCUCAAGCCAAGAAGCUGGACGGUGCCAAGGAAGUUUUUGAGAUGAUGGAGGAGGACGGGAUCCCAGCCGACCAAUAUACCUAUGCUGCCUUGAUCAAGGCUCUUAAGCGUGCCCAUCGAACGCAAGAGCCUGCAGCUCUUAUCCAAACCCUGAGGGAGAGAGGAGUCAAGGCCAACGUCAAGAUUCUGUCUGCCUUGGGAAUGGACUCGAUUGAGAUCAUAAAGGAUUGCAAGGCCAAUAACGUCGAGAUGAGGGUCGGCGACUUCAACACCCUGAUCACCCGUGCCCUGCGCGGCAACCAGUUCGCCAAUGUUCCGAUCAUCAUGCAGGAAAUGCAAGAACGCGGGAUCCGACCGAACGUCAUCACCUUCACAGCCAUGAUUGACGCUAAUAUCAAGAUGAGCAAGUUCACAGAGGCAAGGGAGGUCUUUCGAGCAAUGGAACAGGCCAACAUCCAGCCGGACGUGAUCGCAUACUCGGCCAUGAUCGCGGGCGCGCUCUCCCACUCUACUGUCCAGGAAUCGAUCGAGAUCCUCAAGAACAUGAUCAGCGACGGGAUCCUCCCUAACCGCCACACUUUCAACUCUCUCCUGUCAGCAAGUGUGGGCGAGAUUGGAUCUGACGGAUUGAUGGUCAUCCGCGAGACCAUGGCCGCAUUGGGAGUCCAGCCCGACCGACGCUCGUUCAACGCCAUCAUGUCGUCGCAUGCACUGGAGGGAGAUAUGGACCAAGUCAGGAGGACUCUGGCAGACAUGCGGCGAUCCAGAAUCAAUCCGGAUGCCCUGACUUACUCGGUCAUGAUCUCUGGAUACCUUCAGAACGGCGACCUGCGCUACGCGAUGGAAUGGUACUACACGAUGCUCGAUGGCGGAUUUAAGCCAGCGCCCUUUAUGAUGAACAACCUGAUGUCGGCCCUCCAUGGAUCAGGACAAGGCACGCAGAUUCUGGUGCUAUGGCGUGAGAUGACCCAACUGGGAAUCCGCAAGAACGAGCGCUCCUACGAGAUCAUGUUUGACGUUUGCGACGAGUACAACUUUGACGAGCAGCGUCCUGCGAUUGAGGAGGAGUUCAAGGCCUAUCUUGCCCAUCGUCCUGAAUAA